AUGAGGCUGUGGCAGUGGACGAGGGCAUGGGCGUGGCUGGUUGGGCUGGGGGCCAUAGAAACAGCACCCAGGCGGGAAAAUGCCAAUGUCUUGGCCCGAGGAGCAGAGUCUCUACUCUUCAUAGAGAGACCUGACUUCUUUGAUUACCCAGACUCAGACCAAGCCAGGAUCCUGGCCGUGGCCCAGUUUAUUGGGGAGAAACCUGUCAUCUUUGUUAACUCAGGAUCCAACUCUGAGUUCUUCCAUCACAUCCUGGUGGGUGCUCUGGUGGUGGCCUUCCUCUUCCUCCUGUACCAGUUCUUCAUACACAUGACCUGCCAGAAAGGGGCCUAAGGAGUUGGACACAGGCCCUGGACUCUGCCCUGAGUGCCAAACCGACCCUCC